AUGAUCCCUCACCAGAAGUAUAUAUUUCAUGGGAACAAAACAGAUGUUAAAUUCUUCUUCCUGCUUGGCUUCCCUGGUACUGCUCAGGUACAGCUGUUUUACUUUGCAAUUUUUUUGGUCAUUUAUAUACUAACUGUGGUGGCCAAUUUUCUCAUAGUUACCAUGGUCUUCUUAAAUUCUCAUCUUCGCAUACCCAUGUAUUUUUUCCUCAGCAACUUUGCUGUGCUGGAUACCUGGUGUUCAACUGCUGUCAUUCCUAAAACGCUCAGCUAUUUGAUCACACAAGAUAAGCUUAUUUCCCAUUCUGGGUGCCUUGCUCAACUUUGCUUUGUGUUCUCUGUGGGACCUACAGAAUUCUUCUUACUUACGGUUAUGGCUUAUGAUAGGUAUCUAGCCAUCUGUUUCCCGUUACAAUAUGUAACAAUGAUGAACAGUCAGAUCUGCCUUUAUUUAGCUAUAGGCUCGUGGAUGAGUGGUUUCUUUACUGGCUGGUCAUUAACUAUUCCAACCGCUCUACUAAACUUUUGUGGACCCAAUCAAAUUGAUCAUUUUUUUUGUGAUUUUAUCCCUCUGGUAAAACUAUCUUGUUCUGAUACAUCCACCAGUGAGAAAGUCUUCUUUUCAUUUGCAUGGGUAGUUGUGCUAAGCUCACUUACUUUUAUAACAGUAUCUUAUUCAAAUAUACUUAAGACCAUUCUUCGAAUUCCAUCAAGCCUUGGUCGUCAGAAGGCCUUUUCAACUUGUGCUGCUCAUUUAACUGUGGUAAUUAUUUUCUAUGGAACUGUCAUAUUUAUGUAUGUCCGCCCAAGUGCUUCCCACUUUUCUGAUAAAGAUAAAGUGGUUUCUCUGUUUUAUUCUGUUAUAACACCACUUUUAAACCCUCUUAUCUACAGUCUUAGGAAUCGAGAAUUUAAAAAGGCAUUGAAAAAGGUUCAAGAGAAACUCCACAAGUCAAUUUAUGAUGUGUAGGCUAA